AUUCUUCUCUUUCGCGGCGGGAAACCAAUUGUUUCCCAUAAAACCUCCCUCCGAAAAUUUUCUCUCGGUUCUUAGCCCUAGAUAUUUCCCAUUUUCUGUAUCCCGGAUUUUACCAGAGAUAGGGGAAAGCACAUUCUAAUCUUUCCUCUAUCCAGUUAAUUUUUUCUUUAAAAAUUUCAAUGGCAUGCCAAUCCAGUAAUUUAACCCGAACUCUCUCUAGAGACGAAGAGGCAAACCCCGCAUCGCCGUGUCUGGGGAGACAACAGUUGCUGCUUGAAGGGCAGGAGGAAUCUCUGGACGUUGAUAUAGGGACUCCUCUGAAGUACGUCUCACUGUGCGACGUGUACUCGGCAACCUCACCCUGUGUGAGGGCAAGCGGAUCGAAGAAAGUCAAGGCUUCACGAAAAAUCACCACCUUUGACAUCCAGAACUGCGAAGCUGAUCAAUUCAUGCAUCCCGAACCUUCCAAGAGUCUCACAAUGUGGACGCCCCCUAUUACUCACGUCUAUACACGCCGCUACAAGAGGAAGCAGCCGGAGCUCUCUUUUUUCAGCUCAAUUGUUUCGGUCCUGCAUCAGGCUGAAUCAGCACCGAACAAUGUGGUGGUCAAGACUGAAGCAGAAGAAGGAAGAGAGGAUGAGAUUGUAGUGAAUGAAGAGAGCCAUACUAAUUCAAAGAAAAGGAGAAAGGUGGCAAGCAGCUUGGAGCUUUUCAAAUUGGGGGUGGAUGCUAAUUCAAUUAGCAGUGGAAUGAAUGGGUUAAGGGAAACCCGGAGUAAAGCGACUACUUCUGGCAAUGUUGCUGUCAAGGGUGAUAAUCAUAAGAGUAAGUCCAAAACUAAGUCUAGUAAUAAGACAGAUAGUGCUAGGAAACGAAAAAAGGACGCUGCUUCAGGGAUCAAUUGUCAAUCUGAGCCAAUUCGUUCCAAAAGAUGGGUUUGGCUAAGAUUGGAAGGUGUUGAGCCAAAGAAAUUUAUAGGACUGCAAUGCAAGGUAUAUUGGCCCUUGGAUGCUGAUUGGUACAGGGGCUGCGUUCAUGGAUACAGUAUUGAUACUGGGCGACAUACUGUAAAAUAUACUGAUGGCGAUGAAGAACAUUUGAUUUUGACAAACGAAAGGGUCAAAUUUUUUGUUUCAGAAGAGGACAUUGAACAGUUAAAGUUGAGCCGUACUGAUGGAAGCAUGGAGACAGAUGGAAUUGAUGUUGAUGACAUGGUUGUAUUAGCUGCUAGUUUUGAUUCUUGUGAGCAGCUUGACCCUGGGGAUAUAAUAUGGGCUAAAAUUACUGGUCAUGCUAUGUGGCCAGCCAUUGUUUUGGAUGAAUCUCAAACUGGUGGGCGCAGAGGCCUGAAAAGAACUUCUGGAGAAAAAUCAGUUCUAGUUCAGUUUUUCGGUUCUCAUGACUUCUCUAGGAUCAAAGUGAAGCAAGUCAUUUCUUUUCUUAGAGGACUUCUCUCUUCCUUUCAUUUGAAAUGCAAAAAGCCAAACUUUCUUCGCGGUUUGGAGGAAGCAAAAAUGUAUCUUAGUGAGCAGAAACUCCCCAAAAGAAUGUUACAAUUGCAGAAUGGUGUCGAUGCUGAUGAUUAUGAUGGUGAGAAUGAAGCAAAUGACAGCCAUGAUGGUUCAGAUGGAGAUUGCAUGGAGAAUGGGCUUCCAAGGAGGCAAGAAGACCUCAGGCAUUUUCCAUUUCAAGUUGGGGAUUUGCAAAUUAUUAGCCUUGGAAAAAUUGUGGAUGAUUCUGAAAAUUUUCAAGAUGAUAAAUUCAUUUGGCCUGAAGGAUACACAGCAGAGAGAAAAUCUCUUUCAUUAAUGGAUCCCAAUAAAUAUGCUUUAUACAAGAUGGAAGUCCUUAGAGAUCCUGACAUGAGGACACGUCCUCUCUUUCGAAUUACAUCAGACAACGGGGAAAAGUUUAAGGGAUCCACACCAUCUGCCUGCUGGAAUAAAAUUAUAAAAAGGAUAAGGAAGCUACAGGCUGAUGACUCUGAUGGUAUAUCUCGUAGUGGCAGCAAAGGACAUUUGGAGUCUGGUUCAGAUAUGUUUGGUUUUUCUCACCCUGAGAUUUUGAAACUUAUUAAGGAGCUAUCAAAUUCCAGAACUGCCACAAAAUAUUCAAAGUUGUCUUCAAAAUGCCAAGAGUUGCCUGCAGGGUAUAGGCCUGUUCGUGUUAUGUGGAAAGACCUUGACAAGUGCAAUGUUUGUCAUAUGGAUGAGGAGUAUGUGAAUAAUCUUUUUCUGCAGUGUGAUAAAUGCAGAAUGAUGGUGCAUGCCAGAUGCUAUGGGGAGCUGGAGCCUGUAGAUGGAAUCCUUUGGCUAUGCAAUUUGUGUCGUCCAGGGGCUCCAGAGUUCCCUCCUCCUUGUUGCCUAUGUCCUGUAAUUGGAGGUGCUAUGAAGCCUACAACAGAUGGACGAUGGGCGCACCUUGCUUGUGCCAUUUGGAUACCAGAAACUUGUUUGUCUGAUAUUAAGACAAUGGAGCCCAUUGAUGGAUUGAAUAGGAUCAACAAGGAUCGCUGGAAGCUCUUGUGUAGUAUUUGUGGUGUUCCUUACGGAGCUUGCAUACAGUGCUCAAAUAAUAACUGUUGUGUAGCAUAUCACCCUCUCUGUGCACGUGCUGCUGGAUUUUGUGUUGAGCUUGAGGAUGAGGAUAGAUUGUAUCUGAUUCCUACAGAUGAGGAUGAGGAGGACCAGUGCAUACGUCUGAUUUCUUUCUGCAAGAAGCAUAGACCUCUUUCUAAUGAACGACCUGCUGUGGAUGAAUUGCUUGCUCAAAGAGUGUGUGACUAUUCAGACUAUGUUCCUCCACCAAAUCCUUCUGGCUGUGCUCGCAGUGAGCCCUAUAAUUAUUUUGGAAGAAGGGGACGGAAAGAGCCAGAAGCCCUUGCUGCUGCGUCCUUGAAGCGUUUAUAUGUAGAAAACAGGCCAUACUUGGUUGGUGGUCAUAGCCAACAUGAUUCCUUAUGCAGUACCUCUUCCAACACACCAGCUUGUUCCAAUUAUUCAGUCGACCUUCAAAAGCUAAAGAAUUCCCACCUUCAUGUUUCGAAGAGCAUCCUAUCAAUGACUGAGAAAUAUGAACAUAUGAAGGGAACUGUUAGAAAAAGAUUGGCAUUUGGGAAAUCUGGCAUUCAUGGGUUUGGCAUCUUCACGAAGUGCCCCCAUAAAGCCGGCGAUAUGGUCAUUGAAUACACUGGAGAACUUGUCAGACCUCCAAUUGCUGACAGAAGGGAACACUUGAUUUACAAUUCUCUUGUGGGUGCUGGGACCUACAUGUUUCGGAUUGAUGACGAGCGUGUCAUAGAUGCGACAAGGGCGGGUAGCAUUGCACACUUGAUCAAUCACUCCUGUGAACCAAAUUGCUACUCUAGGGUUAUAAGUGCCAACGGUGAUGAACGUAUAAUCAUAUUUGCCAAAAGAGACAUCAAGCAGUGGGAAGAAUUGACAUAUGAUUACAGAUUCCUUUCUAUUGAUGAACAACUUUCUUGUUAUUGCGGCUUCCCAAGAUGCCGAGGUGUAGUUAAUGAUACUGAAGCCGAGGAACGGAUGGCAAAACUGCUUGUACCACAACAUGAAUUGAUAGACUGGACAGCAGAAUAAGAGAAAUGUGAUAAAGGAGAAUGGGCUUACAGAACAUCCCUACCUUCCUGCAUUGAUAUCUGAAGAUGAAAAUGUAAGACUUGAUAUUUUCCCAGAUGAAGAAGUUAGGGAGCUGGUUAAUAUAUUUAGUGCAAUAGCCUAGUUUGCUCAGACGGGCUAGUGCAACAUUCUACCAAUCAAUCUGGGAGACUGGGGCAUUGAGAAAAGUGACCUGAUAGAAGCAAUUGUUGAAAUUUCCAAGAGGAUAAAUUUCCCUUCUGUCUAAGCUUCUACAAUAUAGGUGCUUACUGCAUUCCUAAAAUUGAUACACCUGUUUACCGGAGAGCCUGUUGGCCUAUUAGUUAGUGUAGAAUGUGUAGUAAGAUCAUAUCUAAAACCAUGGACAGUAUAUUUUACGUACACUUGCUGAAGUUGAUCUCUGAGCAUCAGAGUGUAUGCCCUACUGAUAGGGCCAAUACAGAUAAUAAUGUUCUUUUGGCUCAGGAGAUGGUUGAGCAGAUCAAUAGGAAUCUUGUUAGAUGGGCAACAUUGAUCAUGAUAUUGGAAAUAGCCAAGUCAUAUGAUAGACUAUAACAGUGUCCUGGGAAUUGAUUUCUCUAUCCUGGAAGAAUUUCGCUUCAACAAAGAGUGGAUUGAAAUGGAAAAAUUCGCGGUGAAUGUACUUUGUACUCCAUUGAUCAAUGGUGAUCUUACUUGAUAUCCCAUAACUAUUCAUUCGAAUAAUUCUUAUGGCUAAAAGUCUACAUAGAGGUUCUUUUUCUGACUCAUUGGUGUCAAUAUGUUGGAGGUCCUGUCAAAUUGGUAUCCUCUCUGUAAUAUAUCAAUUUUUUGUAUCAGUAUUUUUUAUAAGUUAUCUUAUUAGUAACAAUUCUUUCAUUUGUAUCUAUUUGGUACAAAAAGCUUUUGAAAUUACAUUAACCAUUUAGUACAUAUUAAUAUAUGGAGGGUGUACUUUUACAAAUCAA